AUGUCCCAAAGUCCCACCCCUAAUCUGAUCAAGCUUGAAAGAAAACUAAGGGCUGAACUUGAUGAUGCACUGACUCAGGAAGAAAUGAUCUGGUAUCAACGCUCUAGAGAGGAGUGGCUAAUAUCGGGGGAUAGAAAUACACGUUAUUAUCACACGGCUACCUCAGUGAAUAAGAAUAGAACUAGAGUGGAGAAACUGAAGACAGAUGAGGGGAUAUGGUUGACAGAUUCUGACUUGCUACUUAAGCAUAUUCAAGAACAUUUCAUUGCACUUUUCUCCGAAGAUCAGACUAGAAAUUCCCAGAUCUCUGCCCUAGGACAUUACCCCACACUCACUGACCAGGACUGGCAAUUAGUAAAUAGCCCAUUCAGACUAGAGGAAAUAAAACAAGCGCUAUUUGACAUGGAUCCAUGCAAAGCUCCAGGCCCGGACGGUUUUACAGCCGGCUUUUAUCAAAAAGCAUGGGAUAUAGUGGGUAAGGAUUUAAUUAACUUUGCCCUGAACUUCUUUGAAACAGGUACACUCCCCCCAGGAACUAACGACACGAUCAUAACAUUGAUACCAAAGACUGCCAAUCCUGAAACAGUCAAGCAAUUGCGCCCAAUUGGAUUAUGCAAUGUGGUCUACAAGCUGGUGUCUAAGACAAUGGCAUCACGGCUACAAGAAAUCUCAAAGAAACUAGUAGGCCAUCAUCAAACGAGCUUUGUACCAGGCAGACAGAUUGCAGAUAACAUUGUAGUGUUCCAAGAAGUCCUCAAUUCGAUGAGAAUAAGAAAAGCCAAAGUUGGGUGGAUGAUAAUGAAAAUAGACUUGGAGAAGGCAUAUGACAAGCUGGCUUGGAGCUUCAUCGAAGAGUCUUUAUCUGAGAUAGGCUUCAACACAAGCUGGAGAAGGAACAUAUUGGAGUGCAUAACAACCUCAAGACUAGCAAUCAAUUGGGAAGGAAAGCUCUCGGAAUGGUUCAACCCAACAAGAGGAAUUAGACAGGGAGACCCCUUAUCACCCUUACUCUUUGUUUUAUGCGUAGAAAGAUUUAGUCAUUUAAUUCUAGAUUCUGUAAAUUCUGGCAGAUGGAAAGGUAUUAAGAUCUCUAGACAGGGUCCACACAUAACCCAUCUGUUUUUUGCAGAUGAUAUGAUGUUAUUUGGAGAGGCAACCAUUGAACAAGCUGAAGAGAUGACCAGGUGCCUUGAAAUCUUUUGCGAACAGUCAGGCCAAAGAAUGAAUAUCCAAAAAUCUGCCUUAUACUUCUCUAAAAGAACACUAGAGGAGCUGCAGCAAAACAUUGCUAGUCUAACAAGGAUUCCCAAGGUGGAAGAUCUGGGAAGAUACCUAGGUGUUCCAUCAAUACACGGGAGGCUGAAAAAAGAAUCCUUUACUGGAAUCAUCGAAAGGAUGCAUCAGAAACUAGCUGGUUGGAGAUCGAAGACCCUCUCCUUGGCUGGGAGAAUUGUCCUCGCCCAGUCUGUAUUGUCAGCUAUACCGUACUACUCUAUGCAAACCACGAUGCUGCCAAUUGGAGUAAUCAAAGAAAUGGAGCAACUUAUAAGAAAUUUCAUAUGGGGAAGCUCUCCAAGCAUAAGAAGGUGCCACUUGGUCAACUGGAACACGGUCACCAAAAGCAAAUUUGAGGGGGGAUUAGGACUACGCAAGCUAGACAAAAUGAAUGAGGCAUUCUUAGCCAAACUUGGAUGGCGGCUCAUGCAAAACGAAGACAGCCUAUGGACCCAAGUUCUCAAGGCGAAAUAUGCAAUCACCUCGGUAGAUUGCAUGACAUGGAGACCAAAGGCAAAUAUGUCUUUUGUUUGGAAGGGUAUCCUCAACACAAUUCCAAUCUUGCAAGGAGGCAGAGUGAAGCUGAUUAACAAUGGGCAAAGCACGCAAUUUUGGACUGACAGAUGGGUGGGGCUAAGCCCCUUGAUAAACAAGGCCACGUCUAUGAUUAGCCUAUGGGAUCGCUACAGGACAGUUGACUCUUACUGGAAGGAAAAUCAGGGAUGGGACUGGGAAGAAUUGCAAGACUACCUCCCAGAAACAUCUCUAAAUGAGUUAGCGGCCAUCAUAAUCGAUGAUAACACUGAAAUAGCAGACUCAUUCGGUUGGAAAUAUGGAACAUCUGAGGUAUUUUCUGUUUGUGCAGCCUAUGAUCUAGCUACGAAUCAUUCUACCACGAUGGAGACAGCAAAAUGGAACGCUAUAUGGAGUUUAAAACUUCCAAACAGAAUUAAACUAUUCUUAUGGCUAACUCGCCACGAAAGAAUAAUGACAAACAGCUUGAGAGCAACGAAGGGAAUGACAGAAGAUACCAACUGUUGGCUAUGCAGAGAUGAAGAAGAGAACACAGAACAUGUCCUACGGAAAUGCCCAGCUGCUGAUGCAAUUUGGUCCAGACUGCUACCUUCCUUAUACUGGCAAACAAGGAACCUAUCAUUCACGGAUUGGCUAGACAGAGGGAUAGCCGGGAAAGGUAAUCAACGCAGACCAGAUAAUGAGAACAUCCUAUUUGCAGUAGCGGUUUGGUGGAUUUGGAAGUGGAGGAACGAUGCAAUUUUUAACAAUUGCACCCAACCUCUCAGGUCUAAAAUGGAAUGGAUAAAAUCCCAAACUCAAGAGAUCUACACUACACUUUCGAAAGGGAAGAGUCAGAUUGUCACUCUCAAUGCAUAUAAAUGGGAGGAGUUAAGAUGGUCUAAGCCCCCUGAGGAAAUGACCAAGAUCAACUUUGAUGGUUCUGUAGAGAUAGCUUCGGGCAAAGCUGCCUGUGGAGGAAUAGCCCGAGAUUGCAAAGGAACUUGGAUGGGAGGUUUCACACACACCAUAGGCAUCUGUUCUCCACUUCAAGCGGAGGCAUGGGGUUUACUCAAAAGCAUACAAUUGGCCAACUUUAUGGGCUACAGGAGAGUGAUCUUUGAAGGUGAUGCCAACUUUAUGGGCUACAGGAGAGUGAUCUUUGAAGGUGAUUCCCAUGAACUAAUCAGCAUUUUCAAUGAAGGUGAAGGUGAUUCCCAUGAACUAAUCAGCAUUUUCAAUGAAGGCUCAGCUUCCAUAGGGGCUGUGUGUAAUAUCAUUAGAGCAUGCAGACAAGAAAUAGGGGCUGUGUGUAAUAUCAUUAGAGCAUGCAGACAAGAAUUAGCUAAGCUACACAAAUGGGAAAUCAACGUCAUCCCACGAGAAGUUAACGCCCCGGCUGAUUACCUCAACGUCAUCCCACGAGAAGUUAACGCCCCGGCUGAUUACCUGGCUAGGAAGGCAAGGGAGCAUCCAAGGGGUUUCAAACACUUGGUAGAACCUCCGGCAGAAAUCCUUGAACUGAUAGAGUCAGAUUGUGCAGGCUUUCCCUAUUGGCGCUUAAUGUUUCAUGCUAACUAA